AUGGAGGAGCUGAAGGAGCUAAACCUAUUGGGUGAAAGUGAAGUCGUCGAAAUCCCAGAUCUGGAGAAUGAAGACCUAAUAGAAGAAAACUCCAUGAGUGUGAUCGUAAGAUGUUUAAACCCAUCAGCCCACAAGGUAGGAGGUUUGGUAAAAGCUCUACCCUCAAUUUGGGGUAUGUACGACAGAGUAAAAGGAAGAGGUGUAGGUGAAGACAGGGUCCAGUUCAUCUUUGAGAGUGAAGGGGAUCUGUAUCAUGUCCUCUAUAGAGGCCCUUGCUUUGUUAAUGGAUGGAUAGUUACAUUGGAUCAAUGGAAACCAAACCCGGGGCCAGAUUUCUUGAGAAGCAUUCUCUUUUGGAUCAGGAUAAAAGGUAUUCCCAUCCAUCUUCUGAAGAAGCAGACGGUCUGA